GAAGAAUGUCAGCGCGAUUUGAUGCGCUGCAAAAGUUGUAUUAGAAGGUUUUCUACAACAGAAAAAUAGUGAACUUCACGCAUAAUGAAUAAGUAAAGCAACUUCGAUAGUUCAGCUUCAACUAUAACAUGGAGCGACCAGAUGACAUGAACAAGAACUACUUGCUGUCUACACGUACACCAUCCUAACAAGCAUUUAGAACCAUGUGGUCGCUUCGGCGUCCCGAGGCCGUGUCCUCGGACCACGGCAUGUUGAACGUAUAUAACGGCGAUCACUGGGCCUUCGAAGACUACUGGACUUCGGAUCGCUUCACUUAUGUCGACAAAAACCGCAUGGAGGCUCUAUUGAGAAGUUGGAAUUACGCUCCUAGCGAUUUCAGCGACGUCAACAGCCUCUACACCGUAAGGUAAGACUAGUUUUUGACUAUCCCAUGUGGACUAUGCUGAGUGGAUUCCCCUUCGAAAUCAAGAAGAAAAUAGGGGCGAUCAUAGUGGUAACUCACUGAACCGGGGAUAGUGAAAAGCUACCUCUAAGUAAGCCAAGGAAGUGGCGGAGACUUAUCGCCCGAAGAGGAGCCCGUUGGUGCCAGCAAAGAAUCGGCGGGACUGACAGGGCAAGGUAUAGUACUAUCCUAAUUUUUGUGUUUACAACAUCAACCUUCACAGCAACAAGGCCUUGUGUUGACAACCUAUAGAUACUUGUGCACCCGUACAACAGAAAGGCAAGGUUAGUAGUAGUAGGCAGGGAUUUCACCAACAUAAAGGGGAAGGCGAUGUAGUCACAUUUUCAGACAUAUUUCUUACUCAACCAACACCUUGGAUUUUUGUAUCGAAAAUUUCAGUCCCCCGCCAGCCCGCCCUAGACACGAGCAGGAGCGUAGGAAGUGAUAGCAGUGGAAAGAGCACGAAGUCUACGCCACCCCCACCUGGACUCGUGUGGAUGUUGCUACAGUCGGUUUAUUUCUUCAUCACCUACUGUUUAUGGAACUAUUUUGAUGGAUGCUACUAUUUUGACCUCUAUCUCAGUGUACAAUUCUUGAAAGUAGAUAUUACAACUAGGUAGUUGUACUAAGUCUUUCCUCUGAACUUGGGUCAGGUAAAGAAAAACAGAAAGAUGACAUCUACAAAGAACAAGAAUCGAUAUCUGCAGAGAACGUGGAUCUCCUGUGCAAAGAGAAGAACCUCAUAUAUUUUUUAUUCUAUGAAAAAAACCAUUACUACAUCUUAGUCGAGUGGUUUGAAAAUUUCAUAGCCGCCGUUCAUCGUGUGGACCAUCGUAGUGGAAACGUGGACGCUACUACGCCAAGAGAUACGAAAGACGUGGCGAAAGAUAUCGCCUUUUGCCGCUCGAAAGGACUAUGACAGAUCCUACCUGCGUGGCAGCAAGUCUCUGUACAAUGCCAACGCAGCAGCUGCAGGUCAAGGAACGCCGCAUUAUGCUUUUGGAGUUUUAUGUUGGGGGUAGUUUUACAGCUCCUCAUUGUGUUUUUGUGAAGGUUUAGUACUUCUACUGGGGCAGUUGUUUUAUUCGAUGAAAGAAAUUUAUUGACUUCGAUAGGCGAACGUAAUCUGUUUCGUUUGGAUACGUAACCUGCCCAAGUAUUUGUCACACAACUUACCAAGGCACAAGCACGUAGUCAAUUGACAAUCUUCAUACCAUGGCAAUGCGUUAUUUGAACCCUCGGGUUCUGUUUUUUGCGUGGCUGUGCAUCAAUCCGCGAUUCUGGAUUCAACUAGGGUACACCAUAGUCAAAUUUGUCGGUGGAUGCUUCCCUGUGGCCUUCGCUGUUGCGCCUGGCGUACUGGAUUUGAUGUGCCGAUGGUGGCGUGAAGUGCGGACUUAUCUUAUGAAUCUUCACAACCUGUUGUUGUUGUUGGUGUUGUUCAGGUAGUUUGCUCAAGUGUUAGACACUAAUCAUUCGUGUCUGGUUUGAGUCUUCUUGCUCCUCGUCGAAGAUGACCUUUCCUAUACUUCUCCAAGGGCUGAUUUUCUGACAGUUACUGUCGGUCAUUCUCUAAUGACAGCUAUGGUCCUGGGCCUAGGCAGACUGUUGAUGUGUAUUUUCCGCGUGGAUUUUUCGACCACAUCGAAAGCAGGCAGGCAGGAUCUCAGUGCUCAUCGGGCGUCAUCAAGUUUCAAAGCAACUAUGGUAGCCCCGAGGGAAAGUUUGGUGCCCAGUUACGUGGUCUUGGCCCGCCCAGAGCACGCUACUCGCCUUCUAGCGGUGGACCAGGAUCAGCACCAGGAAAUUCACAGCAAAAUCCUGGACAACUAUGUACGGCCUACAGAGGAAUGCUAUCUCGCUGAAGUAGGUGAAGGUGUACUAUGUAGAAUUUCUACUAUUUUUUCAUGUAAGUUGUUUUGGACGGUGAACACUUAUUGUAGUUCAGCCUUUUAUUCCACUUUCAUAUUUCAUCCGGUUGUGGUCGUCGUCACUGGCGGAGCGUGGCUUAUUGGCCACAGGAUAUUCGGCACCUCGCUCGGACAGCACCUUGCUGAAAUUAUGGCUAGUUGGUUUUUUAUGUCUUACUGAUUACAAAGGAUGACCGACCGAGUGGCCUUCUCGUCGUGGCCUUCUCGUCGAGUCUUCGAGUAUAACCAAACGGAUUCUACCGGUCAGUUUUCCCUCAUAAAUCCUAGAUUAUAAUCCCUACAACCAGUACUCAGGGAGAACUCGUUGUGGUAGACACGGCAACAAUUCUAAUGAGUGCGGCAAAGUCCUCACUGUCGCGUUGGACUAUCAAAACUAUCCAGCUGCCACCUUCCCAGAGAUGGUAGAGGAUGUGCGAGACGGCCUUAGGUGGGUGAAGCAGAAUAUUGGAAAUCCCGAGUUUCGCGGAGACCCAAACGAUAUUACGAUUGUAGGACAAUCGUGCGGUUCGAUGCUGGCAUUGUUGGCGAUUUUGCGGGAAGAUUUUCGGUAAGAUCUUAAGUACCACUCGAGAACUACAUGUAAAAUUUUUGUUGGAGGCGACAAAAAAUGUGAUUCGACGAAAAAAAGUAUGUGUCUCUGGCAUAAUGAAUACAGUUUCUACAUCCAGACUCCUACGUGCAGAUCAUAGAACAAAUCAAUCAAAGAGGCCCACAAUGCGAAUUGUUGGGUACAUCAAUCAAUCAAUCAAUCAGCCGAAGAACUGCAUGAAGCUUUCACUCUACUCAACAAAGGUUUCAGAACUUUUUUGGUUGGUCUGGAGUGUACGAUUUGCCAGGUAUGCAUGAUCAUAUGAAGGCCUCAGGCUAUCCUUCAGAACUACUGGAUGUUUUCGCUGGCGAUCGUGCGGCCGGGUCAUUGGAGGAUUGGAGUCCAUUGUAUUAACGUGAUGUGGAAGUGAUUUGAUGCUUUGAUUAUUUUCUCCCUUUCUCAAAGAAAUGAACGUGUUAUCUGGUUCAUUAGCACAACCGCUAGAAGCAAUUUUGACCCCUGCUUGGAAAAUUACCGCACGCGAUGAUUUUCAUUCCGACAAUAGUAUGAUUCCCUUCUCCAUAAUCAAUGAAUGGUCUCCCUAAAACUAAAUUCUUACAACGUACCACGACAGGCAGCUUCUCGCCAAGCAUCCUCUCCUGUUCGAGAAGCUACCGCGAAAGCGCAUUCGCCUGUUUCAUGGCAUGCGGGAUACCACUAGUCCCGAUGCUCAAUCCGUCUAUUUGGCAGAAUUGCUGAGACACCGGCUUCGAGAGAACCACCUGACUGCGAACCUGCAAAGAAGAUACUCUUUUGCACAGAACUUUGCGGAACCGUCAUCACCGUCACUCUUGGAUUUAAGGAGAUCAUGCUUCAAUUAGACACCCGAGUGCUGUGCUGGACGAGUAUCUGCGUGUGUCUGUAGUUGUCAAGAGGUGAAGGUGCUAUUUUGAUGUGUAAUUUUUACAUGGUGGUUUCGCUUACAAGCUUCGCGAAGAUGUUGUGACACCCUGAACUGCUCUAAUCCGAGGUUCGUACGUAGAGAUCGAUGAUGCUUCGGAAUUUUCCUCUUUCGCGGCCGCAGCCGGUGGUGAUACUGGAGGUACUGAGCAAGAAGAGUCUGCAAAUUUAUCUCCUCGAUUAUUUCCUGUAAUAUCCUUGCAUUUCAUGAUCAUCCUGACAAAUCAUAUGCAAUAUGCUAGUACUUAUUCCCAUAAAAGGUUCCAAAAGUUCCGAUGCGCUGCAGCUUGCUUUGAAUCCGCGAAAAGUGGAUUUGAUUUUGUCGGAUGUAUACGAUACGCACACGAAGAGUAUCGUAGAAUACCCACUUCGGGGUGAAAAUCCAGUCGCCAAACAAGUGCUAUUACUAUGCGGCGUGCCAAAGUCCGAGGUUGACGCGAUGCAAUUUUCGCGCUGUACUGCACUACAGACGGAAUUGGGCCUCACACUCACGACUAUGUUCAUGCCGUUCUAG